CGGCUCACCUGCUUGCCUGGUCCGACAGUCGUGAAGCAAGCCCCGGCCUGUGGAAACUCGAACCAUAGUUGAGACUGGACGGCCACAUCGACACGAACCUUUUUUACGCAGGGAUCUCGUCAAACCCAAAAAAAAAAAAAAAAUCAACACAAUGCCUACCUCGCUCGAUUCUUCUCGUCCCAUCAUGGCGCCCUCUGUGCGUACCUCUGUGCGAUACAGCACGUAUAGCAUGGCGCCUUCAUUUGCCAACACCAUUCAGACAAACGAUUCGGCUCACGCCGAGAUCACCGACAUCGCUGUCGGCCUCGACCGUAUGGAGAACAAGGCCCUCAGCUCCCAAAGAGUUACUCUGAGCGAGGAGAAGAGCGCAAACCUGAGCAAGCUAGCUCUCGGUGCCAAGUUGGAACGCGCGCUGGACAGGAGAAUGAGCAGUCAGGAUGCCGUCAUGCGUCCGCGCGGCAAGACCUUGAACGAGAAGCCUGCUCAGGCUGCGUAGGAGACUGUCGAGCAACCUUUGACCUCGAAAAAAUGGCCGUGGCAGGCCAUGUUUACCGCACAACCCAAACAAACACAACAAUCGGAACCAGACCGUCACGGGCCAUCUGCCACACGAACACGGAACGACAGGAUUGGGAUUCGCACCUGAUGCUGUCCGGCUAGACAGCUCGCUGUAGUCGCGGGCUCCGUCGUACAACAUUGCCCGCGACGAGACGUGGCAGACGAUACACCCUGAGUGGACAUACAGAGGGACAAUGGAUAUGGGAUUUGGACUGAGACUUGGGAAUGGGGCCAUCGUGGAAACAAACAAGUUGUGAAGAGUGAUUUUGGUUUGUUGGGAUAUCCAGAGGAUGACUGGAGCGCUAAAGACGCAAUGACGGCAUCCCAUGCAUAGUGUUUAAAUGGUUUAUUGCGAUGCUCCGGCUGCGUUACAUAUUUCCUACUCCGAGAGGCAUUACUCGCUGAGUCUAUUG